CUGUUCAUACGGAUCCGGAUAUCCGUAUGAAUCUUCUUAGCCAUAUAAUUAAUAUAUUAUGUCUUUUUGGUAGCGUUAUAACUUAAUUCGGAGAAAAACGACAUGCUAAAUUGCUAUAUGUCAAACAACCAGCUGCAUUCUGACAAUUAGUUAAAAGACAUUUUCGCGGAUAACCUAUAUAGUCAUAUUUUCUUGAUUUUGAAAAAAAAAAACAUAACAUGCAGCUCCGAUUCCGAAACGUUGUAUAGUUUUCACUUACGUCUUGCCAUUAAUAUUUUUAAAAAGCCCGUGUAUUAAGGGUUUAUAUUUACUAGUUAUUUCUGGUCAUAAUAAUUAAAUUUUAUUUAUGUAAUUUAAUUAAUAUCAUGAUGGACAGUAAUAGUUAUACAUUUUACAAAUAAAUUUAGUAUUUUUUAUUUGAUUUUAAUAAUCAAAUUCAAUAUGUUUAAAAGCCGCGGCGAUAGUAAUAUUGUUUAUAAAUGUACAGUACGGUUAUUGGAGGAUACAGAGAUUUUAGAAUGCGAAUUUCAUCCUAGUUAUAAAGGAAAAUUCUUACUGGAACAUGUUUGCCAACAAUUAAAUUUAACUGAAACAGACUACUUUGGUCUAAGAUAUGUGGAUACUAAUGGUCAACGGCAUUGGCUACAUUUAGCCAAAUUAAUACUAAAACAAGUUAAGGAUGCAACACCAAUAUUGUUUAGUUUCCGGGUGAAAUUUUAUCCUCCAAACCCAUUAUUGCUAAAGGAAGAUGUCACUCGGUUUCAAAUUUAUUUACAAUUGAAAAGGGAUUUACUUCAUGGAAGACUUUAUUGCACUGCAAAUGAAGCUGCAAUGCUCGGUGCACUUAUCAUCCAGAUUGAACUUGGUGAUUAUGAUCCAAAUAUUCAUGUCGGGAAUUAUGUGACAGAAAUGAGGCUUUUGCUAAGACAGACUGAUGCCAUUGAGGCUAGAAUACAGGAAAUACAUCAAGAGCCAGUGGAAGGUACUCCGGGUGGUACAGGUGGAGUUAAAGGAAUGUCCACACAGGAGGCAGAACGUACAUUCCUUAAAAUUGCCUGUCAACUUGACACUUACGGUGUUGAUCCACACCCUGUUAAGGAUCACAGGGGCAAUCAACUGUACUUAGGUAUUAACCAUUGCGGUAUAUUAACAUUCCAAGGGAGCAGAAAGACGCAUCAUUUCAAAUGGUCUGAAGUGCACAAAAUAAAUUUCGAAGGACGAAUGUUCAUCGUUCAUCUUAACUAUCCAGAGAAAAAGCAUACGGUUGGUUUCAAAUGUCCGAGUGGCGCCGCAUGCAGGCACGUGUGGUGUUGUGCGAUUGAACAAAUGCUAUUUUUUACAUUACCUUCGUCAUCUGACGCUUGCGUCUACUCCGGUGGAGGGUUAUUCUCAUGGGGCACUAAGUUUAAGUACGUGGGCCGAACAGAGAGGGAAAUAUUAGAAAGAGAUGGCCUGCUGUCGUCUAGAGACUCACAGGAUGAGGGCUCAAGUACUGGCGGGAAACGAAAGGCGUCUAGCGUACCAGCGACGCCUUCCACUCCUAUGACGGGAGAUUUUGCUAAAUUCAAGAUGUUUAUAGGCUACAGCAGCUUACCAAGAUCUACACACAGUGCCCCGUUGGAAGAGAGUGCGAUUCCAGGAUCUAAUAUUCCGGAUGGUGAGGCUUGUACUGGCGGAUGUUUGCUUAGCGGCGCCGCUGUUGAUAUCGCACUUUGUGACCACUUUAGGACCGUGUCUGAUGAUAAAACAGCCUGUGCUGAGUAUACGCGCGAUUCAUUCGAGCACUCUUCAACCGAAUCGGGAGCGACAACCCACGCUACGCACGUGUCACACUCGUCACAGCCCGCGGACGACUGGCGACCUCCCGCCCUUCAACCUCCCCCCCGACCUUUCAGCCUACUCCGCGCUUUCGUUCCAUCCUUUUUGUUUGUAUGGCUCUCUCUCGCUCUAGGAAUUCUUCUCCUAUUCGAAACCGAUUGGCCACUUUUCAGACCCCUAAAGCGAAAACCAGAACUUGUCUCGCUAAGGCAUCACUACUACGCGCCAUUGAAGGAGUAUCUCAAAAAGAAGGUUGUUGAGCUUUUUUGAUUCGAAAAUUUUAGAGUUUGUGGAACAUUCGAGAAGACUUGUUUCAGGGGAUAUUUUACUUGGAGGGGAUUUAUCUAAUAAUGACAUUAAGUGCAAAUUAUUUCUAAAACAAUAUUAGAAUUGACAUGAAAUAUGCAGUAAAACUGAAUCUGGGAGUGUAGAUCUUAAAUUUAGUUUAGCCUUUAUUCAAGUGUAGUGUGAAGCUACGGAUAUUCUUCAAUAGAUUUUUUUAUAUUACCAAUAUUCAUUUAGCUGGCCUAAGCGUUUGAGAUUCGUUAAAUCUCUAUAAUUAACGGAUACCGAUAGGUAAACGUGACAGUAGUCAAUUCUGAUGUGUCAAAUUUUUGGACACGUUUUAACGAAGAGAAUUAAAUAUAUUAUGGCAUAGUAUAGCAAAACUUACAGUUUUAUAAAUUUGGUUACGGGGCCUUUGAAGUAUUACGUAAGCAUGUUUACUGCAAUUUACCCUCCCCCCCUUUUCUCAGCAAAAGUAAGAAAAGCUCUCAAAAAUAAAGGUAUUAUGUUUUUGUAGGAAUCCUCGAAAAUGCAUUUAGUUUUCAAGCAUAGACAAUGUGUGCGUAAUAUGAAGGUAAUAAUAAUUACUUUUGACGUAAUUACCAAAUAAGAAAAUCAAAGACACCCCCUAUAGUGCUUACGUAAUACUUGAUCGGCCCCUGAACCAAGUUUGAGUGGAUCAAGUUAAGCGCUAAGUAUGACUUCCGUAUGUCAAUUUCCAGGAUAUUAUACGUAAACGACUUAGCGCUAAAUCUACUUCCAUAAUACUAACCUUAGUCUUGACCAGCGUUGUCAAUUUUUUUUAUGCCAAGUCCAGAUUUUGGAACUUUUUGAGCGAAAAAAGCGGGAUUCGUUUGUCGGAAGUGGGACAGAAAAAAAUUAUUUGAAAAUCGGGACGUUUGGCAACGGGGUUUUGAAUUGUCUCUGUUAAAAACUUCCCUGUUCUUUUAAAACAUGUCAAGAAAUAUUCGUAUUUCUAUUUAUAAUAUAAAUAAAUAUACACCAUAAUAUAUUCAAAUCGCUUUGUGUUGCGGAAGUAAUCCGUGUUAUGUAAGUUUUAUAACUGCUUGCUUUAGAGGUUAAAUUGCACAAAUUAGGUAGGUUCACGCGAGGUUUUAGCAAAUAUUUUUUAUAAUUGCAGCGGCUUAGGUUAAAAUAACUAUAGGUAAAAAUAUUAUUCUAUAAGUGUUAAGUUAAAUUUACGCACAUGAUUGGAGACGACGCGUAUCGCAAAUAUUGGUGUUUUUAAGGUUAUACUAAAAGUACUAUUGGACAUGCCAACAUCCCUCACAACAUCAUCACACUUCAUUAACCAUAUGACUAUUUAAAUUCGGGCCUCGGAAGUUCAUGUUGAUCGCGAGUGGUCUACAACAUUCUUACAUGCGCGAACCAUUUCCAUUCCAUUUCUGCCCAAUUCGUAGGACUAUAAAACGUGGGCACAUAGUCCGAGCUGACCUUGAUGCCCACAGGCAACAGCGAUAUCUCCUUUAAAAAUACACGCUUGCUACCUUGCCUGUCAUACAGUUACAAAAUUUUUACAUAGAAAAAUCAUUGCUAAAACACAAGAAUUUAUAUUUACGAUUGUUUUAAUUUAUUAUGUAUAUUGUUUAUUAAUUUUAUAGAUGUAUUUAUUUAAAAAUUGUGAUGUUAUAAAUGCACAGAUUAGUAAUAUUUAAGCACUAGUCUCAAAUCGCUAGCAAAAAGCAUUUGUUUAGGUUCAUAAUCAAUUGCACAAAUUCAGCUCUCUAGAUUAAACACGCUUAUUAAUUAUUAUUCCACUAAGAGUAGGUUAGAAAUAUAUCUAGAUGUAUUUUAAAUAAUAUAUUUAUUUUAAGAGUUUAUAUUUUGAAAAUUUUGUGGUUUUCUGCGCUUUAAGAAACAAUUUCUGAACGUAAAUCGCCAUAUUAACAUUCCUAAAUAAUCUUUAAUAGAGUGGCUUUGAUUAUAUGACUGAAGUGUAACUGCAUUUAUUAUUUUAAUAUCAAUACAAUCUUAUCAUUGACAGUAUAAGGUUUUUACUUUCUAAACCAGAAUCUCAAGUAAAAAUUAUAAUUAGUUGUAUAUUAAAAGUUUAUUUUUAAGUAAAUAGUUAGGCACUUAAACUAAUGCUUAAAACGCACGUAACGCCUUGAUGAAUACCUGAGUACUUUAGCUUUCCUAGUCACUUUUGUAAAUAAUUUAGCAUAGAUAAUAUCGGUAUUAAUAUGUACAAAUUCACAAAUAGCUAUUGAAUGUUGUUUGUUAACAUUUUAUAACUGUUUGAGUCUUAUGUGUGUGUGUGUUUAUGAAAACAUUGAGUAAUAAGAAUCACGUCCUACUUUAGUGCAAGCUUACAUUGUUUUUAUUAAGUCUAGUCAAUGGAACUCGCAAGUUUGCGCAUGAUUGCAAUGAAUUGAUGCCCGCGUACCAAUUGAAUAAACAGUAUGCAAAGGUUAAUUAAUUGACUUAUUGUAAUGUAUACUCUAUGGUUUGGGAAUAGAGUCGAGAGUACAGAUAGAAGUAUUCUGUGUUGCCAUAGCGCUAUUAUUUCUGUGGACCAACAUUAAUUUUGUACAUGUAAAAAUGUUAUUUUUUAAUACUGCUUUACAACUUUUACAGCUCCAGUAGUAUUAAGACAUAGUAAUGCUUGUACUUGGAAAUUUUGUAAAAUGGAUUAGCCUAAAGAUCAGUAGUGACAUUGCGUCCAUUCGAUUCCCAUAUAAAUGUAUAAUGUUAAAACGCAAUAAACUUUCCGAUUCUUUUAGUGUUAAAAAAGCCCUCGAACAUUUGUUAAAUUCUUAUUAUUAAAGAGGUCAUUUUUAUGAUUAAUAAACAUUUUUUUAGUAAUACUAAUUAUGGUAUUUGUGUUUGAAUACUAAAGCCAAAUAUUUGAUAUGCAUAAAAAUUGUACAAUAUCGGCAUGUAACAUAAGCACAAAUUGAAAUAAUAUAGCCAUUAUAAAGUUUGAAUAAAACACUUGCCAGUC